CUCUCUCUGUACUUUAGAUCUGGCACGGCGAUACUGUUUUCUUGAACGCCGGUGAUGGCUUCCACUUGCGUCAACAAUGUGACUGUCUCUGCUUACGGAUGUUUCAACGCUCGGAGCUCUGGAUCCGCCGCGUCGUUGGAGAUGAAGAAGCUGAUUCCUCCGGAGGAAGAGUUCGAGUUCAGAACUGAGGUUCCUGUCGGAAUGCUUCCCGCCGACGAGCUUUUCUCUAACGGUAAACUCGUGACGACGGCGGUGGUGGAAGUUGAGACGGAGGAGGGUAGCUUGGUUUCUUCUCCCAAGGCGCCACGGUGUUCGAGUAAGUGGAGAGAGCUGUUAGGGCUGAAACGGUUCUCUCAAAACAGCAAGGCUGCGGCGUCGUUUAAGCAGUUUUUAAACCGGAGCUCCAAAACGUCGUCGUCUUCUUCUGAUGCUUCUUCGAUAAUCAGUCUUCCUCUCCUCUCCGACAUCGAAUCUCUCUCCGUCUCCUCUUCUUCACGUAUGUCCCUCUCUUCUUCUUCCUCCUCCUCGGACACCCCGAGGAGGCUAUCGCUCGACGCAGAGAGACUCAACCACCUCGCUAACCAAAACAUCACGGCCAACCCGUUCGCUCCCGCUCGGCCGAGGAUGAGGUUAGUGAAGCAGCCUCGUGAUAGAGAAGAAACAUGUAGCGACAGUCCGAGGCUAAACUCGUCGGGGAAGAUCGUGUUUCAGAGCCUUGAACGAAGCUCAAGCAGCCCGCGCGGAGGAGGGUAUAGAAACAGAGGAGUGGAGAGAUCGUACAGUGUAAACCUGAGCGUGGCUCCUGUUCUUAACGUUCCCGUUUGUUCAGUCAGAGGUGGUUCUGUAAUAUUUAGCCACUUCUUCUCUUCAGCUUCGUCUCAACACAAUAAAACAGGGAAUGGCUCUAACCACAGAGCGUUGUUGACUCAUCAUCAGCACGGUGGUAUUAGUAGAGGCCGUAACUCAACAGAUCGAGUAGCUAGCUAGCUAGCUAGUAGUAUUAGUCCAUCUACUUUUAGUACUGUGUAGUUUGCUUAUUGGGGUUUGAGAGUUAAGAGAGAGUCAAGUUGACGCGUUAAGCUAAAGGAAUAAAUGCGCGUGGGAUAUAAGGAAACAGAUGCUCAGUAACUGCUGUAUCUUACGCUCUCCUCACGUUGAAGCUU